GCACAUUGCACAGGUUUCCACGUUGCAUGUAGAAAGCCGCAUCUUUAUUACGUUUAACUAUACAUUCAGUGAAUUUAAGGAGUUAUUUUUAGUGCCGAACCAUAGAUACACCGGAGUAGCUGAAUGGUAUUGACAAGUAAACUGCAUAAGUGAAACCAUGGAGAGUUAGUACAGGCUAAAAGGCUAAAUGCCACCAAAAAUCCACUGAGAUACGUCUCCACAUAAGGAGAAAUUUACAAACAGUCCCAUAGAACAGAGGAGUACAGCCAUGGCAGGCAAGGGUCGUGGAGUGGGGGCCUUUACCUUUAACAUCGAGGCUCUAGGCAUCGGCAGGGGUAGCAUGCCAGAUUCCAGGGUGGGGCCCAUGCCGCUGUUUCCAAACAUAGACUUUAAGCCGGUUCCGCUGAAAGCUGGUGAGGAAGAGGACUACAUGCUGGCUUUGAAACAGGAAAUGAGGGGAACGAUGCAACAGCUACCUCACAACAUCAAGUGUCAUGCCAAUAAAGCAGAAGUGGAGAGAUACACGGAGAGAUACCUGAAGCAACGCCAGUUAGAUGAUGCAAACUGGACUCCAGACUGGAGCCUCCUCCCAAAAGAAUUGAUGCCACAAAAGAAAAAAGUUGUUAAACCAGUCAAAAAGAAGAAAGCUGUGAAGAUUUCACGCAAAGAAACGGAGGCUAUGCUGACAAAAUUAGAUGAACUGGAAAAGAAAGAUGACGGGAACCCUGAGAAAUCGGAUGAUGAGACCGAAAAGAAAAAAGUGAAUGAGGGAGAGGAGGAGGAAGAAAUUGAAGCGGAAGAAUAUGAUGAAGAAGAUGUUGAAGAGGAAAACGACUACAUUGACAGCUAUUUUGACAAUGGCGAAGAUUUUGGUGGUGCCGGCAGUGAUGAGAACGUGGAUGGCGAGGGAACAUACUGAAAGAAGUGUGACUCAACCACGAAGACUGGGUUAAAGUAAACAAUCAUUGAGUGAUUGUUUCUUAGUUAAAUAUUGUAGAUAAGUUGGGAACGAUGUGUAGCAGAGUGAUAUGUUUGUUUUCUUUAUUCUGUGCGAUCCUGAGUGACAAGCUUUUCUUUGACUUGUGUAAAUAAGAAAUGCCAAACGAUGUG